AUGGGUGGUCCACAUGCUAAGGCUUACAUGGGCUGGUGGGGUAGUAUAGGUUCCCCAGCCCAAAAGGGUAUUACUACAUACACUGUUUCUCCAUAUGCUCAAAAGCCAUUGAACAACAUCUUCCACAACGCUGUUUUUAACACAUUUAGAAGAGUUAAGAGCCAAAUUUUGUACAUGGCUCUUCCAGCUGCUUUGUACUGGGCUUGGUGGGUCAACUGCAGAGACUACAACGCUUACUUGUACACUAAGGCCGGUAGAGAAGAAUUAGAAAGAGUUAACGUUUAA